CCUUACCUUGCUUUGCCUUGGUUUUAUCCUAGUUUUUGGCUCUCUGGCUUUCACUUCUCAAAGGCCGUAGACAUUCAUGUUUGGGCUAAGAUACCAGAAAUCGUCGGCUUCAUCUUUGGGCUCAAGUUUGCAUUGUAGCACAAAAGAUGUGCUAAAUUGCUAGUAGCCUGUGAAAAAACCUGAUGAAAGAAUUGGAAUUUAAUAUGUUUGAGCAAUCAGUGCCUGAAAAUUAACAAGAAGAUUGGUAUCCAACAAAUGCCAAAACUACCCAGAAUCAGGCCCUCCGAUUUCUCAUCAACCCAUAACCAAACGUUCCGUUCAAAACCACAAGAUUUUGAUCAUCUGUCUUACCCAUCAACUGCUACUUCAUUAUCUUCAGCUCUCCAACACUACAUCAAUUCAGAUACUCCAGUUUAUGGCCGAAACAUCCAUACUUACAUAAUUAAAACUGGGUUUAGACCCAAUACUAAUGUAUCCAUCAAGCUAUUGAUAUUGUACUUGAAAUGUGGCGUUCUCGAGUACGCAAGUCAAAUGUUUGAUCAAUUGCCGCAACAAACUUUGUCAGCCUAUAAUUAUAUGAUUGGUGGUUACAUAAAACAUGGGAAGAUUGAAGAGUCGUUUAGUUUAGUGCGGGAUUUGAUUUCCUCUGGUGAAAGGCCGGAUGCAUAUACGCUUUCAAUGCUUUUAAAGGCGUCCACUUGUUGCUGUAAUAAUGUGCAGUUGUCCCGUAGUUUAGGGAGAAUGGUGCAUGCCCAGAUAGUGAAAUGUGAUAUUGCAGCUGACGAUGUGCUUUAUACGGCACUUGUUGACACGUAUGUGAAGAGUGGGAAGGUUGGCUAUGCGAGGACUGUCUUUGAUUUGAUGUUAGGGACAAAUGUUAUUUGUUCUACAUCCAUGAUUUCGGGAUAUAUGAAUCAAGGUUUUGUAGAAGAAGCUGAAGAGGUCUUUAGUAGAACUGUGGAAAAAGAUAUUGUUGUCUACAAUGCUAUGAUCGAAGGUUAUAGCAAAUUGAUUGAAACCGCGAAAAAGGCACUUAGGAUGUACGUGGAUAUGCAAAGGUUUGGCUUUCAGCCUAAUAUUUCAACUUUUGCUAGUGUAAUUGGGGCUUGCUCCGUAUUGACAGAGUUCGAAUUUGGUCAACAGGUACAGAGCCAACUUAUGAAGACAGAGUUCUUUGAGCAUGUAAAAAUGGGCAGUGCUCUUGUGGAUAUGUAUUCAAAAUGUGGAAGAAGUGAGGAUGCACGGAGAAUUUUUGAUUACAUGCCGGAAAAGAAUGUUUUUACCUGGACUUCUAUGAUUGAUGGUUAUGGGAAGAAUGGGAACCCCAAUGAGGCACUUGAACUUUUUUGUAGGAUGCAAGAAUGUAAUGUGGAACCUAAUUAUGUGACCUUCCUUGGUGCUCUUUCAGCCUGUGGGCAUGCUGGCCUAAUCGACAAAGGUUGUGAGAUCUUCGAGAGCAUGGAGAGAGAUUAUUCAGUUAAACCAAAUAUGGAGCAUUAUGCUUGCAUGGUUGAUCUCUUGGGACGAGCAGGGAGUCUGGAACUGGCAUUAAAUUUUGUGCUCAAAAUGCCAGAGAAACCUAACUCUGAUGUUUGGGCAGCUCUGCUUAGUUCAUGUAGCCUGCAUGGUGAUACAGAAAUAGCAAAUAUAGCUGCCAGUGAAAUCUUUAAAUUAAAUGCUAAUAACAGGCCGGGGGCAUAUGUUGCACUAUCCAAUACUUUGGCAGCUGCUGGGAAAUGGGAUAGCGUAAGUGAACUUAGGGAGAUCAUGAAGUUCAGAGGCAUACUGAAAAACACAGGCUGCAGUUGGGUUGGGUCUGAAAGUAGUUAAUGUCUCUGCAUCAUUGAAAGGAGUCUUCCUGUCUUCCCUGGAACCCAGUUCCAUGACUCAGGCGCUGUCUCAAUUUGUUGUUUUUGUAUUUAUUGAUUGCAUGUGAAACGUUGGCUGAUAUGGAGUUCUUAUUAGUUUGAAAAAUGCUUUGGAUUAAUGCUGUUAAAACCAGAAGAUUUUACCUAAUAACAACUUCGAAUUACUGACUCUUUAAA